AUGCCGUGCUUCAAAGGACUUGCUGUCAGCAUACAUACCCCCGAUGGACCGAUCCCUGAGUACUCCAUUCAACGCCAAUCCAGAGCAUCGCGCAUAGCUUGUUUUAUCCCUGUACCUCCCCCGAAGAUACCUGAUUCAGCGUCUGGCAAGCUGGAGCAAUCUACCUUUGCUAUCUCGAUUACCCUCCUAACGCCCGGUCAAGAUGUUCCCUACUCCACCCCGAAACCGACACCUGGCGCCCCCCCACCGAAGCCGAAAGUUGUCGGUGGUCUCCCUGGGCAGACUGGAGAACGGGGCCAGUACACCAGCAUGGUCGCUCCUUACCAGCCCUUGACUAAUUCCCCAAACGAAACGGUAGCCGCUUACAUUUACUUUGAUGGAAGACAGAAGGAAGAAGUUGCAACGCUACUCCGAAGGGGGGAGGAGACCUGGGUAAAUUCGAGAUGGGUCAGCGUUCCUGAAUCUGAGGGCGGUGGCUUGGCCGAACGAGAAUUUCUGUUCCGUGAAGUUGGAUUGGAGCGAUGGUUAAACGGCCUGGAUUUGGAAGGCAAGGAUGCGGCAGACAAGAUUGAGCGGCGGCGGCAGAAGAUGGAGAAGCGUCGACUGCAUCGCCAGCAGUCGGGUGGUGAGAAUGGUAAUGCAGCAAUGGAUGCAAAGCCCUCGAAAGGUGCAAGGGGAAUUAUGCGGUAUGGCGCUAAUGCCAAAUCGCCGCUCGAGGAUGUGUCGGAUGACGACGUAUCUUUCUCUGAUUCCGACGACGAUCCUAUACCUGAAUCUACUGGGCAGAUCAAAGUGGCACUUUUCCGAGUGCUCGCAUCGGGAGAGAUCAAAAAGGGCGAAUACUCUCCGCAGUUCGAUGCGCACGAUGAUGAUGACGGGCCGGAUGGGCAGGGCAAUACUGGUGGUGCAGCUGAUGCGGAUAUUGACCACACAACGAGUUUUGCGAAGCCAAAAACCCUCGACCCUAAGUCUAUCAGCACUCAGACUGUUACUGGAAUUGACUCGACGGAUAAACCGUAUGCGAUUUUCACAUUUAUGUACCGAGGAGAACGGCAAUUGCAAAAGAUGGGUAUCUUGAAGAACUCAAAGACACAAGAUACACCUGGUUCGGCGAAGAGGAGAUCAUUGCAACCAGACUUCUCCAAUCUCGGUCCCCUCAAGCCUGGUGGUACUGUCGGCUUUCUAAAUUUCCGAGAUGGCGGAGACAGCAGACCGAAGGAUAAAAAGAACAAGAAAGGAGGUAGUGAUGAGAUGGAUAGUGACGAUGACGAUGACGAUUCGAUACUCGGAAAGGCCGAUGAUGAUGAAGACAAGGAUGGUGAUGUGAAUCUGACUGCUGACGAUAUCCGACACCAAGGUGAACUCGCAGAGGGUGUUCGUAAAAUCAGGCUAAAACGUCAACAUUCCUCGGACGAUAUUGCCCCUGAGAAGAAAGAGUCACCGGGCUCCGGCGUGACUCCUCCAGCGUUGUCGAACACCUCUACAUCACCAACUGCGCCCUUUAAUACGGCUGGAUUCCCCGAGACAUCUAAGUUGCUUGCUGAGCCGGUGAAUAACGACGCUUUCAUUGGAAGUCCCCUAAAGAAACAGAGGGCCAGCGUUUCCGGUGCUGACGAAAAUCUCUUGCGACAAAGAAUGGAAGCCGGGCCGUCCAGUAGCCUCAGUGAAGCCCUAGGGGUCACCAGCACAAAAUCGGCUAUGAGCACAUCGAACAGUUUCGGGGGAGAACUCAAGUCUAAGGAACCUGCGCAGCAAGCAAAUAACGAGGAUGAGGAAUUGUGA